CAAUCUGAUCUGUCUCAGCGGGCUCUAGUGCACGCGUGGUUGCUAGGUUACAACGACCUACUUGGGAGGACGCUCUUUAGUUAUAGCUUUCUCUAUGAGGGGCUGAUGUCACUUCGCGCAUUUUCAUUGCAACAAAGCGAAACUGCCUGUCACACGUUAACAUGUUCACUUUGAUAAAGCUUAGGACAGUUUUUUUUUUCUUUUUGCAGCACUAUCUCUGCUUUCGUUUUUAUAUGCGCACACUCGAAGUGAAGUCUCGCAUUCCAGAUGUCCCGCCGUCAGUCUGAAAUGUCAGUCUAACGCAAAACCCGGAUCGCGCCGUUAUCAGCGUCCUCGACUGAACAUCGUGAAAACCUUCAUUUCGUUUUUCCUCGCCCGCUGUUCAAUCCAACCGGACAACUCCGCCUCCCGUCUAUCUGCCACCCCUAAGAUAUUCAUACCGGCACUUACGGUUCCAUUCCCGCAAGUACCCUUGCUACAAGAACGACGCCCCCAGAUGCAAUACGUAAUGCUCAAGUCCACCUUAAUCUUCUUGCUGAGUUCGGCCCUUGUCGUGUCCCAGACGACCGACUUUUUCGGAGGAUGCGUAGACGCGGGACAAGAACAACAUUCUGGCGACUGCAUCCUGGCGCCCCCUGUUUGGCUGCGUUCGAGAGCGUACCGCCAUCUCGCCCACCUGGUCCUGGCGAAAGCCCCUAUUCAACCAGCUGAGGGGAAUCUCAAUACUCUUCUCAAAUUGACGCGCAUGGCAAAUGAGGGGACCAACGUUAUCACAAUCAAAUUGGAGUUCACCACCGUUGAGAGUACAUGCAACAGCUCCGUUGCAUAUUCCGAGGCGCAGUGCCCACCACUUGGGAAUGAGGCGAACGGGCUGUGCCAGGCAGUGAUUCGAAGCAGCGAUCUUGGCUUUGAAGACGCCUGGUGCUUUCCACUCGCUCAGCACUAGAGCAACCUGCAGCUUUUACAUAUCAACCGAAUUUCUUUUUCCAGAACAAAACAUGAACAGCGGUCAAGCGCACCUUCAGCCAAACGUCGGCAAUAAAUAAAGCUAA